AUGGUUUCCAGGCAGCCCGUGGCUCUGUUUCUCUGCCUUCCACUCCUGAUUCCUCUCUCUCUGGAUGCAGUCUUUCUAAAGCAGGAAGAGGCAAACAGCGUUUUGCAGAGGCAACGACGAGCCAACAGCUUCUUCGAAGAGAUAAAACUGGGGUCACUAGAGCGAGAAUGCAUGGAAGAAAAGUGUUCCUUCGAGGAAGCAAGAGAGAUUUACCAUGAUGAUGAAAGGACAAAAGAGUUCUGGCACAUCUAUUCCGACCCAAACCAGUGCGACUCCAACCCCUGUCAGAAUGGCGGGAGUUGUGAUGACCAGUUCCGGGAUUACGUGUGCCGCUGCCCUGUCGAAUAUGAGGGCAAAAGCUGUGAAAAAGCCACGGCUGAGAAACUGAAGUGCAUUUAUGACAACGGUGGCUGUGAACAGUACUGCACUGAUGAGCAGUCUGAAAAACGAGCGUGCUUCUGCGCGGACGAUUACGCUUUGGCGAGUGACGGUGUGUCCUGCAUUCCCCAAG